AUUGCCCCCUGUCUUCUUGCUUGGCGGCCCUGCUGAUGCUUCCCUCCAGUCACCCUGCCCUCAGCCGGCUCCCGCUCUUAAUACAGCUCCACUCCACAGAGCCGGGUAGCCGCACCUUACUGCGCCUGCGCCGAUCCCUUUAAAUCGCUGGCGGGAGUCGAGCGCGCGUUCUCAGCCGGAGGAAGUUGUCACCAGGCCACGCCCCAUGCUCUUUUUCUCGGGCACGUUCCUCCUCCCACUCCUCAGGCCCAUCUCCCUCAAAACCUCGCACGGACAAAAAUCCGUCAAACCCCGCCCCUGCAUGGGCCCCACCCACACAAGACGUCAUCAGGCCGUAUCCCGACCCCUUCUCUGGCACGGUUCUUUCAGUCCUUCACCAGUCUUUCGUCCCAUGUCUCAAUUUGGAGAUGCCGGUGUUAAAAAUCACACAACACCAGUUUAUAGUCGAACAGAUUGGAAGCACUAGCAUUCGGAACGCUGCUACUUCAUCAGGUGUUUGCGGCCAUGUCCCAGGUCUCCGCCCCCUUCUCUAGCCCCGCCCUGUCAAUCCUUCACCAAACCUUUCCCUUUGUCUCCGCCUCCUUCGACAGAUGCGCCCAUUCAAUCCAGCGCCGGACCGAUCCCGACCCCGCCCCAUUCCUCGGGUCCCGCCCACCGUAGCGUGAUGUGGGCGGAGACAAUGACGCGGGGGUACAGCACGUGGGCCGAAGGUAAACAAAGGCCAGGCCGGGCCUGGAGCUUGGCGGUCGGUAGGUGUGUGUGGGGUUUGGGCCGUCCCUUGGCCUUGACUGUCUGUCAGAGAGGCCCGUGUCGGUGGUGAUGAGGCUGCAGCAGCUGUGGGGCCAGGUUCGUUGUGUUGUGUUGGGGAUGGUGCAUCUGCGGGCGAUGCCAGGGACUCCUCUCAGCAGCUGGUCAGUGUCUCAGAUAUUCAGGAAGGCCUGUGAAGAGGUCGAGGUGUACGUCAGUGCCGGAAUCGAUGGAUUGAUUGUGGAAAAUAUGCACGAUAUUCCUUACAGCAUGACUGUUGGUCCAGAAGUAACCGCCAUCAUGGCAACUAUCUGUGCUACUGUGAGAAAUUCGUAUCCCAAUAUUCCUCUGGGUAUUCAGAUUCUUUCUGCAGCCAAUCAGCAAGCACUGGCUGUUGCACUUGCUGCAGAUGCUGAUUUUAUUCGAGCUGAAGGUUUUGUGUUCUCGCAAAUUUCAGAUGAAGGUUUUUUAAAUGCAUGCGCUGGUGACCUUUUGAGAUAUCGCAAACAAAUAGGAGCUGAACACAUUCAAAUUUUUACUGAUGUUAAAAAAAAACACAGCUCACAUGCUGUGACAUCAGAUGUCAGCAUAUCAGAGACAGCCAGGGCUGCUGAAUUCUUCCUGUCUGAUGGAGUCAUACUGACUGGAAUUGCAACUGGAAAGCAGGCAAAUCCUGAGGAGCUGAAGGACCCAAAUGUGAUAGGAAGACUAGUUGAAAGGAGCCUGAUCACCUUGCUUCAAAAAUCUGUUGUUUGGCAAGUUGCGGAUGGAUCCACGAGAAGGAGAUGGAGUAAUAAAUGAAUAACUUUACACAUUCAAUAAAACAGUUUGAAAGCUCUUUAGUAAGCCAAGUUAAAUAUUUACAGAAGAAUUUUUUUAGAACCUGAUUAUGAUGAAUUUUUGAAGAGAAACAUUUAAUUUAGUGUUUUCCAAUACCCUAUU